AAAAAGGUAUGCAGGAGAAGAAGUAAUGAAGAUGCAAUUGCACAAAUAGCUUUGGAGUAAGCAUAUAAAAGCGCUAAUUGUCGAAGCAGUCGUCAGUUAUUAGAUAUUUUAGCUAUCAAACGCAUCGCCGAUUUUCCAUCAAGAACAACAUGAAAGUGUUUAUCGCCCUGUUCGCACUCGCCACGAUUGUUUUGGCCGCGCCGCAAGGAGCCGACAAAGAUGCUCAAAUUGUGAAAAGCGAAUUGGAAAAUAUUGGCGUAGAUGGAUAUAACUGGCUUUAUGAAACAAGCAAUGGAAUUUCCGCCAACGAGCAGGGCCAAUUGAAUAAUGCCGGAAGUGAAAACGAGGCAAUCUCCGUUCGAGGAACGUAUUCGUAUACCGGAGCUGAUGGGGUUAAAUAUACAGUGAACUACGUCGCCGACGAGAAUGGUUUCCAACCGGAAGGCGCCCAUAUUCCCAAGUAAUUGGGCAUCAUCGAUUGUGAUACAGUUUCUAUUGCGCAGAUCUGCAGUGUACAUAUUAUAUUUUAUGUUAUAUAAUAAAGCAAAUUGAAAAUAAAAAUCAUAUAUAAA